AUGCCGGAUACAAGUGUUGAUAAAAUUGAUGAAGAGCAUGAAACUUUUGAGAGUAAGACUCAUGAGAAUCAAGGUCGAUCAAGGAAAGCUACAAAACCUCUCCUCUGGCUCCAAGAUUGUAUAACAAUUUAUGCUUACAUUACAAAAGAACAUGGGCCUUGUUCAUAUCAGAAAGCUUGUGAAAGUCUAAAUGCUCAUACCGGGGUUGUGGACUCUUUCCCCAUUCGCCAUGGCUACCAUGAGAUCUCNGGAAGUGGAAGUGGUGGUGGGUCUGGAUAUGGAUCUGGAUCGGGUAGUGGUUCUGGUUAUGGGAGUGGAAGUGGUUCUGGGUAUGGAACAGGAGUAGCUACAGGUAGUGGUUAUGGAAGUGGAGGCGGAGGUGGCGGAGGUGGUGGAGGUGGAGGCUCUGGGCAUGGAUCUGGAAGUGGUAGUGGUUAUGGUUCUGGGAGUGGGAGUGGAUAUGGUGUCGGAAGAGUUGCAAGUGGAAGUGGCUAUGGAAGCGGUGGGGGUGGUGGAGGUGGAGGUGGAUCUGGGUUAGGUAGCGGUUCCGGUUAUGGAUCUGGUUAUGGUUCUGGAAGCGGGAAUGGAUAUGGUGUCGGGAGAUUUGCAAGUGGAAGUGGCUAUGGAAGUGGUGGGGGUGGAGGAGGUGGAGGUGGCUCUGGAUAUGGAUCUGGGUCAGGUAGCGGCUCUGGCUAUGGCUCUGGGAGCGGGAAUGGAUACGGUGUCGGGAGAUUUGCAAGUGGAAGUGGCUAUGGAAGUGGUAGGGGUGGAGGAGGUGGAGGUGGUUCUGGAUAUGCAUCCGGGUCAGGUAGUGGCUCUGGCUAUGGCUCUGGUUAUGGUUCUGGGAGUGGGAAUGGAUAUGCUACUGGGAGAGUUGCAAGUGGAAGUGGGUAUGGAAGUGGUAGGGGUGGAGGAGGUGGAGGUGGGUCUGGAUAUGGAUCUGGGUUAGGUAGUGGCUCCGGGUACGGUUCGGGUUAUGGUUCUGGGAGUGGGAGUGGGAGUGGGUAUGGUGCCGGGAGAGCUGCCAGUGGAAGUGGUAGGGGUGGAGGAGGUGGAGGUGGCUCUGGAUAUGGAUCCGGGUCAGGUAGUGGUUCUGGUUACGGCUCCGGAAGUGGAAGAGGAAAUGGCUUUGGGUAUGGAUCUGGAGUUGCUGUAGGUGGUGGUUAUGGAAAUGGAGGUGGUGGAGGUGGAGGAUAUGGACGUGGAUCUGGAAGUGGAAGUGGUUAUGGUAGCGGUUCAGGCUCGGGCUCUGGCUAUGGGUCAGGCUAUAGUGUUGGACGUGAAAUAAAGAUCUAA